AUGGUGAGAACUGCAAAUUUGACCAUCUCGAGUGGAAUAGAGAAAGGCAGUAUUGAAUAUGAGCCAUUCGUAGAAUGGUUAACGCCGAUCAAAGGGCGUGCUUUCAUUUCGCAUGAAAGCGAGCGUGAGGUCAAACCAGGGGAAAGUUUUGGACUUUUAAUUCGCCGAGACCGUAUUGGCGUAUCUUUCUUUGAGACAAUGGAGCCACCCUCUUCCGAGACCAUGCAACUUGCUUGUGACCUAUUUGAUCGACACGGGCGCCUAAAGUAUGAACUCAUGUAUCAUCCUAUUCGGAAAGGACUGGGUAUUUGGCAAGGCGAGCUUUCCUUGGGCAACUUCUUGAUCAUUGAAUCCGUGUCCGUGAUGAAAAACCAUCGUCGCGGAGGCGUUGGACGGGAAUUGGUGAUGGACAUGAUCCAAAAGGCUAUAGCACUCAAUGAUGACAUCCGGUUCAUAUUUGCCUACCCAACUUGCUUACAUGAAGGGGAAGACCUCCAGGAUCGUGCGGGAAUGAAUAAAAGGGAAAGGUAUAAAAUGGCGCGCGCCCAGGCCACAGUUGCCAUUUGCUUUUUUAGGGCUUUGGGUUUCCGGCGAGUAGGGUUAAGCAAUUGGUUCGCUUUAUCGAGCAAAGAUGCCAAUCACAUUUCACGAACCAUACCAGCCGAGAAUGAUAUAGAUCCUCCUGAAAUUGAGCAGUCGGGAAGUGAAUACGAUUCGGAUGACUCUCAGCCCGAAGUUCCCAAAACGCAAACGAUACUACAUAGCGGAUCCAUCAAUCAAGAUGGGGACUUCGACUUCAGCGAGGCCUCAUUGUCGUCAGCCAUGAACGCAGCCACGGCCUUUGUCGACGACAAAAAGAAACGUCAAGAUACUCGAAGCAGGCUUAUGAGAAAUCACCCAAUUCACCAUUCAUUUAUGACCCUUUCCGACGCAGAGUGUCUGGAAAUUCUUCUGGAACAAAACCGUGACAACGAGUCGCGGGAGAGACUAGCCAGAAUGACGGAUGACCGAGGGAAUACCCUCCUUCAUAUGGCAGCCUGUCACUUCAUGCCAAAUUCUGUGAUGUGGAUCCUGAACCUCGCUAUCGAAGGAUGGGAUGCCAAAGAAUGUCGCAACAUACAAGGAUACACACCUCUUGAAGCCUUACAGUCAAAACUGGAGGAGCGUCGCCUUGGGAGUUAUCACGGGCAACGCUUCAUCUUUCAAGCAGAUCAAUUUGAUGGAUAUGACGAAAAAGCAACAGCAUGCCUGCUUGCCCUUAACGGGCAUACUAAUGAAACCCCCGAAAGCAUGAAUCGGUUACGUUUUGGCUGCAGCUGUGGUUCGUGUCUAGGGGGGUUUCUAAGUCGUCGCAUGAUUGAAAGUCUUCGACUGGGCUCCGAGGGAAUCCUCAGUGAACUUCAGAAAACAGAAAAUACUCCAGGAACCAUGGCUGCGUCAACUUUCACGCCUGAUGAAGACUACCGGGCUCUCAAGUGA